CGACACAAAUGGGCACGAUCGUUUGUGAGGUAUUUUUCGCAAACAUUUCACUGUACAAUGUUCUGCUUUUCAACAUUAACUGUGCUUGCAAUAUUUCUAUUGAACAUGACCUUGUUGAGCUCAAUUCAUGCGAUUGGCAGCAGUCAAAUUCCAUUCGAAAUCAUAGAUUCAACACAUGACAUAUACCAACUAAUAGUAAGACCCGAAUCACUGACUAUAUUUCAGGUUUGUGUUGCGGUGAAUAUUCGGAAUCGUCAAAUUACGGCAAAAGUUGAUUCAAAGAGUCGAGAGGAGAGCAGCAAUUCAACGAUGAAGUACGUCUGUAAACCGUUCUGGGAAGAUGGCGGUCUUGGACUGGGCUUGCAUCGACAAGAGGCUGGGCCUUGGCAAACCAGGAUCAAAUUAUCGGGCCGAAAUAUUUUGGCAAUAUCCACACAGGUUCGUAUGAACUAUACAGAUAGACAGAAUCCUCAUCAUCAGUUGCUAUACGAUUAUGCAGUACUGCGACGAUACACUCCCGGCACGAAAUAUGUUUGCGUGAAAGGAGCGGAUUCCGGGUGGUUUGUUUUAUUUGAAUAUCAAUAA